GGAGGGGCGCCGCCCCCGCUCCGCUGCCCGCCCCCGGGCUUGGUGGAGGCGGACGGGCCGCGGCGCGCGGGGAGGAGGGCGGAAGGACUUGCUGGCUCCCGACUAUAUUUGACACCUCAGCAUGUAGAUUGCUGUUGACAUCACUUAUCUGAAGAGUUUUUGAAGACUGGCGUCUGCCUGUAGGGUCAGAAGAUGGGUAAGAAGAGCCGAGUGAAAACUCAGAAAUCAGGUACCGGAGCUACAGCAACAGUGUCACCAAAGGAAAUGUUGAAUCUAAUUAGUGAACUAUUACAGAAAUGCAGCAGCCCAACCCCUGGCCCUGGAAAGGAAUGGGAAGAAUACGUGCAGAUUCGUGCUCUAGUUGAAAAAAUACGGAAAAAGCAAAAAGGGUUGUCAGUUACUUUCGAUGGAAAAAGAGAAGAUUAUUUCCCUGAUUUGAUGAAAUGGGCCACUGCAAAUGGAGCAUCCACGGAGGGGUUUGAAUUGGUUAACUUUGAAGAGGGCUUUGGCCUCAGAGCAACAAGGGAAAUUAAGGCAGAAGAACUGUUCCUGUGGGUUCCAAGAAAAUUGUUGAUGACAGUUGAAUCAGCUAAAAAUUCAGUGUUGGGGUCCUUAUAUUCUCAAGACCGAAUCCUUCAGGCUAUGGGGAACAUCACACUGGCAUUUCAUCUUCUUUGUGAACGAGCCAACCCUAGCUCUUUCUGGCUGCCGUACAUACAGACUCUCCCGAGUGAAUAUGAUACUCCUCUCUAUUUUGAAGAAGAUGAAGUUCAGUAUCUUCAGUCAACACAGGCCAUCCAUGAUGUCUUCAGCCAGUACAAAAAUACAGCUCGACAAUAUGCCUAUUUCUACAAAGUUAUUCAGACCCAUCCUAAUGCCAACAAAUUGCCCUUGAAGGAUUCUUUCACUUAUGAGGACUACAGAUGGGCAGUGUCUUCUGUUAUGACGCGACAAAACCAAAUUCCAACAGAAGAUGGUUCCCGAGUGACUCUGGCUUUGAUUCCUUUAUGGGAUAUGUGUAAUCACACCAAUGGGCUGAUUACUACUGGAUACAACCUAGAAGAUGACCGUUGUGAAUGUGUGGCCCUGCAAGACUUUACUGCUGGCGAGCAGAUUUACAUUUUUUAUGGCACUCGGUCAAACGCAGAGUUUGUGAUCCACAGUGGUUUCUUCUUUGACAAUAAUUCACAUGACAGAGUGAAAAUCAAGCUGGGAGUGAGUAAAAGUGACAGGCUUUAUGCGAUGAAGGCAGAGGUCUUGGCUCGUGCUGGCAUCCCAACUUCCAGUGUUUUUGCCUUGCAUUUUACGGAGCCGCCCAUCUCUGCCCAGCUUCUGGCUUUCCUUCGAGUAUUCUGUAUGACUGAAGAAGAGUUGAAAGAACAUUUGAUCGGAGACCAUGCUAUUGACAAAAUCUUCACCCUGGGUAACUCUGAAUUUCCUGUUAGUUGGGACAAUGAGGUUAAACUUUGGACAUUCCUGGAAGCCAGAGCAUCACUUCUUUUAAAAACAUACAAAACCACUAUUGAGGAAGAUAAAUCCUUCUUGGAGACCCCUGACCUUACUUUUCAUGCAACAAUGGCCAUCAAACUACGUUUAGGAGAAAAGGAGAUCUUGGAGAAAGCAGUGAAGAGUGCAGCGGCCAACCGCGAGUACUUUUGCAAACAAAUGGAGGAGGGCUCUCCUCUCCCUAAAUAUGAAGAGAGCAAUAUUGCCUUGUUAGAGAAUAGCGUGGCAGACUCUAGACUUCCAAUUGUCUUGAGAAACCUUGAAGACGAGGCAGAGGUGCAGGAGGACUUAAAGAUCGAAGAGGCAAUUCCUGAUGCGGGAGUCACAGAAAAUGGGUUUGUAAAUGGUGAAAACUCUAUACCCAAUGGGACCAAAUCCGAAAAGGAAAAUCUAAGUCAAGAAGAAAGUAACCGAAAGACUGAAGAUGCCAAAGAAUCUUCUUCAGACAGCACUGACGAGGUUAAAGAAUAAUAAUCAAAGCUCAACUUUAUUGUGAAAUUAAAAUCAGCAGACGCUUAUGAACAGUACAUUUACGUUGGUGUGUUUCCUUGUUAACAUUUUUCUUUCUGCAGAGAGGAAAAUUUGUUUUUGCUGCUUCAUAUAAAAAUGAUUUUUUUUAAGUUAUUUUAAAAAAUCUAGCUUCCCUUUUCAAUUAAGAUUGCCAUCUUGCUUUCAGGCAAAACAAACGUUUAAAAACACAAUACAGUGGGGAAGAGGUGCCUUUGGAAGAUUUUGCAGACCCAUUGUGGGACAAAUGUAUUUUCUUCCUGGGGAAGAAUUAAGCUUUUCUGUCUGCUGUGCUUUUGUUGGUCUGUCAUUCUGACGACCAAAAUUAAAAGCUAGCUCUGCCUCCUGCCAAGAGAAACGGAGGGCAGGACUAGCUGGAGUAUUCACCACAAAGGUGGGGGGAGCAGCACAGCAGAAAACCAAAUAAGAGGUUCAGAAACUUUGGAGACUGGCUAAACACACUAGGAAAAAGAAAAACCAGAGAUUCCAGGCUCAGAAAUGUGUGCCCAGAAAGGUAAGGUGGCAACCUUAUUUUUAAUAGUUUUAGAUGUUAACGAUAAUCCUAAUUAUAUAUACUUAGUGAUUUUGGAGGAUUUGUUUACUUUUCGUGUUUUGUUUACUGUGUUACGAGCAUCACUUUCCUCCUUGAAUCGAAGUAGGAUACUCCAUCAUCUGCCUAAUUUUAAAAGCUGACUCUUAUUUUCAAGUGGUACAUCAAAUUUCCAGUGUUGGGAAUGGAAGCGUUUGGAAGCAAAAUAGGCCAGCCCACAGCUUUAUGCUCUGCUGUCCCACGUGAGGUUGUUCCCCAGCUUAGCCCGGUUUUCACAAGCUAGCUAGAGAUUUUCAGAGCUACACUUUUGACUAAAAACCAUUAUUAAAAGGAAACCAUGAUUAAUA